AGUGGAAACUGCAUUACAAUUUACAACACACCCACAAACAUGAAUGUAGAGGAAGUCUUCCACAUGAACGGAGGCGAUGGCGCCAACAGCUACGCCAAGAACUCUCAUUUCCAGAAGAAGGCUUCUGAGAUGGUGAAGCACAUAACGAUCCAGACGAUCCAACAAGCCUACCUCUCGAUCCGGCCCAAUAGCUUCGGGAUAGCCGAUUUGGGCUGCUCCUCCGGCCCCAAUACGCUCUCCAUCGUCACAGAUUUGGUGGAAGCCCUCACCCGUGAAAUCACCCCGCCGCCGGCCGAGAUCCGCGUCUGCCUCAACGAUCUCCCGACUAACGACUUCAAUUCCAUUUUCAGAUCCCUCCCGGACCUCUACCGUCAACUUCGCAAGGCCGGAACCGACGGCGUCGCCGGUGGGUCGUCGACCGUUUUCGUUUCUGCUCAUCCGGGGUCGUUUUACGGAAGGGUUUUCCCCACUUCUUCCCUCCAAUUCGUUUACUCUUCGUACAGCCUUCACUGGCUAUCCAGGGUGCGAGUUAUGCAGAAAUCAUCAUAAAGCCCUCAUCUUUUCCCCCACUUCCUCUGUUUUCGCCUUUCAGUCUGAUUUUGGUUCUGAACUACACUGCCAAAAUUCUGCCCGCAGAUACCUCCAGGGUUGUAUGAUGAACAAGGGAAAUCAAUCAACAAAGGGAAAGUCUACAUUGCUGAAUCCAGUCCACCGAGUGUAUCCAAUGCGUACAUAGAUCAAUUCAAGGAGGAUUUCGCUUUGUUCCUCAGGUCGCGAGCAGAGGAGCUUGAUGCCCAUGGGAGAAUGGUGCUGAUCUUGACCGGGAGAAUCGGUCAUGACCAUGUGGAUAGAGGGAAUUCGUUGUUAUGGGAGCUGCUCUCUAGAUCUUUAGCCAUUUUAGCUGCUCAGGGGGCUAUUGAGGAAGGGAAACUUGAUUCCUAUGAUGUGCAUUUCUAUGCACCAUGUAGGGGUGAGAUUGAAGCUGAGAUCAGGAGAGAUGGUUGGUUUCAGUUGGAGAGGUUCGAGACAUUUGGGAUGGAAGUGAAAUUUGAUGAGGCUAAAGAGAGCUUUGGCAGAGAAGUUGCGAGGACUGUUAGGAGUGUACAGGAAUCGAUGUUGGGACACCAUUUUGGGGAAGGUUUGAGCUUGGACAGUUUGUUUGACAUCUUUGCUAGAUUGGUGGAUGAAGAAAUGGCCAUUCAGGAAAUCCAGCCUGCUAAUUUCAUCCUUGUUCUUAGAAAACUAUGAAAGCUGAUUCUCUGGUGAUCAAUAAUAAAUUAUGGUCCCAGUAAUCUUGAAUGGUUGCGGUAGUUUAUUGCAUUGGGGUGGGUGGUAGCAAAGCUCUCUUUUAAGUCGUUUUCUGUUUUCAUUUAUCUGGAAUCAUAUAAGUACACUUUAUGCCCAUCAAUCUUGUAAACUAUGUGCGGUUCAUAGAUUAGUAGAUAUUAUAUGAAUUAAUAAUUUGGAUUUGUGCUGAU